AUCGGGAAUGAGCGUGAUGAGUUGUUCUUCUAGUUUGGACAGUUUAGGCAAAUUGCUUACCGCUUGAGUUCAGUUCUACAGUUUCCGUUCAUUAAGAAAGUGCUACAAAACGUGUUGUCCUUUGAAUUGUGGUGCCACACUUGUACCACGGAUUGGCCACUAGCAUGCCUGACAUCAAAAUAACACCACUUGGUGCGGGACAAGAUGUUGGCCGCAGUUGUAUCUUGCUCUCUAUGGGAGGCAAGAACAUUAUGCUCGAUUGUGGUAUGCAUAUGGGUUACAACGACGAACGUCGAUUUCCGGAUUUCUCGUUUAUCGUUCCGGAAGGACCCAUAACGAACCACAUUGAUUGCGUGAUAAUUUCUCACUUUCAUCUGGAUCACUGUGGAGCUCUUCCGUAUAUGACGGAAAUGAUAGGCUACACGGGGCCGAUUUAUAUGACUCAUCCAACCAAGGCCAUUGCACCGAUCCUUCUCGAGGACAUGCGAAAAGUAGCGGUAGAACGUAAGGGUGAGAGUAAUUUCUUUACGACGCAGAUGAUCAAGGACUGUAUGAAGAAAGUUAUUGCCGUCACAUUGCAUCAGAGUGUAAUGGUGGAUAAUGAGCUGGAAAUUAAAGCCUAUUACGCAGGACACGUAUUGGGAGCAGCCAUGUUCUGGAUCCGCGUUGGCUCACAAUCUGUCGUGUAUACCGGUGAUUACAAUAUGACACCAGAUCGACAUCUUGGAGCUGCUUGGAUCGACAAAUGCAAGCCAGAUUUGCUUAUCUCAGAAAGCACCUAUGCAACCACCAUUCGAGACUCAAAGCGAUGUCGUGAACGAGAUUUUCUCAAAAAAGUACACGAGUGUGUAGCGAAAGGUGGAAAAGUCUUGAUUCCGGUAUUCGCUCUAGGCCGAGCACAAGAACUUUGCAUUCUGUUGGAGACAUAUUGGGAGCGAAUGAACCUGAAAUAUCCGGUUUACUUUGCCGUCGGACUGACAGAAAAGGCUAACAAUUACUACAAAAUGUUUAUCACUUGGACCAAUCAGAAGAUCCGAAAAACUUUUGUUCAAAGAAAUAUGUUUGAUUUUAAACAUAUCAAACCGUUCGACAAGGGCUACAUCGAUAAUCCCGGAGCAAUGGUGGUUUUCGCAACACCGGGGAUGUUGCACGCCGGCCUUUCACUUCAGAUUUUCAAAAAAUGGGCUCCAAAUGAAAACAACAUGGUUAUCAUGCCAGGAUACUGUGUUCAGGGUACAGUCGGUCACAAAAUCCUCGGUGGAGCAAAAAAAGUGGAAUUUGAAAACCGUCAAGUGGUGGAAGUAAAAAUGUCCGUCGAAUACAUGAGCUUUAGUGCUCAUGCAGAUGCAAAGGGAAUCAUGCAGCUGAUUCAGUAUUGUGAGCCUAAAAAUGUAAUGCUAGUGCACGGAGAAGCCGUUAAAAUGGAAUUUUUGCGGGAUAAGAUAAAAGAAGAAUUUCAGAUCGAUUGUUUCACACCUGCAAAUGGAGAGACUUGUGUGAUUAACACUCCGAUCAAAAUUCCUGUUGAGGCUUCCCUGUCAAUUCUUAAAGAAGAAGCUAAGAGAUAUAAUACAGAGCCUCCAGAUCCAAAACGACGUAGAAUUAUCCACGGACUACUAGUAAUGAAGGAUAAUAAAAUUUCCUUGAUGAGCAUUGACGAAAUUUUCAAUGAAUGUGGAAUGAAUAGACACAUUUUAAGAUUCAUCUCCAAGGUGAAAAUUGAUGACCCCGGUCCAACCCCACGAACAAUCGAAAAACUCUACAAUCUAUUAAACGAACGUCUAUCUGGCUGGUCCGUAGCGCUCAGUGAAAAUGGAUCCAUAAACGUAGAAUCUGUAAACAUUAAGAUCGAAAGUGAGGAACCGCUUUCGGGACCUCCUGGAACAUCUGCGGCAGCCAGUUCAUCUGCACUGAUGAAUAGCAGCGCUCACAAAAUAUGCACUGUAUCCUGGAUUAACCAGGAUGAAGAUCUUGGCAGUUACAUAUUGGGAUUGUUGCAGAGUUUGUAGUUGACUCAUUAAACUUUUGAAAUAUUGGCUUUUAUUACCUGGCAAAUAUGGCUAGGAUUUUUGAUUAAGAAAAUUUAUUAGAAUAAAAAUGACAAA